AUGAAUAAACAAACGGCGAAAAUGUUUUCUUUGGAAGAUUUACCAAAUGAAUUGUUUUUCAUGAUAUUUUCUUAUUUAACCAAAUAUGAUCUGUUAGAAUCGUGUUUACAAUUGAAUUCCAGGAUAAAUUGUCUUCUUUUCAAAUAUAUUCAUCAUGUGAAUUUCUCAUCGGUAUUAUCGAAACAACAAAUCGAUAAAUAUGCACAAAACUUUCUUCCAUUUAUACAAAAUUCGAUUUAUUCAUUUACAUUCGAUGAUUAUCAUAUCGGAAGAACGUUUUUUGAGCAAACUCGCUCGAUUCGACUUGAAAAUUUAUCGCAAAUAAAACUCAUCGGUCGCGGAAUCGAUUUACAAGAUGAUUUUCUGGAACAAUUCCGUCCAGAAACAUUAAAUCUAGUCAUCACAUCAUUUAAUCAAACGUGUAAACCUUGUAAAUUAUUAUCCACAUCAAUUAAACGAUUACACAUCGAAUUUGAAACCGGAGAAGACGCAAAACAUUAUUUGGUUAAUCAUUUGGAAAUUUUCUCAACUUCAGUUCUCGUUCAUAUGCGGAUCAUAUUUUCGAAAUUAUCCGAAUAUUUCCAACUAUUUCAAGUUCAUCUUCCCAUUCAUCUCGAGAAACUUUAUGUUUCCAUAUUUUCAAUUGAUAAAAGCGACUAUCAUCGUCCGUUAAUUUUUCCAUAUUUACUCGAUUAUCAAUUAGAAAUUUGUCAAAUUCCCUUUUAUUUGAUUCAAUUUCUUCUUCCAUCCAGUACAAAUCUUCAACGCCUGGCAUUUAUCGGUCAAACAACAACGAUCAAUGCGAAAUCAUGGAAAAGUUUACUUUCUAAUUAUUCAACUCUUGAACGAUUUGAUCUUCAUUUAUCGCAGAAUUACGAUGUACAUUAUUCUGAUAUUCAAGAAUGGAAAUACGAAUUUCCGAAAUAUUCAGUUGAUUAUAAUCCAUUGAAGAAUUCAUUUCGAAUAAAUUCAUCGAAGUUCGAUCGUUUAGAUCGACUUUAUCUGAACGAAUCGAUCGAAAAUUUCCAUCAUAUUGAUUAUUCGAAUGAAAUUUCUCAUUUGAUCAUUCGUAGUCAAUAUUGGUGUUCGUAUUUCGAUCUUUCAUUAAACCUUCAGAAUGAACUUUAUCAACGUUUCAAGUUUAUCAAACGUUUAUCAACAACAAUUCGACAAUUAGAAUAUUUUCUUCGAACAAAUUUUCUCACUCAAAUUCAACAAUUAGAUUUGGAAUUUCCAGAAAAAUAUUGUUUCAUCUCAAAUCAAGUCGUCGAAAAACUUCCCAAUGUCAAAUCGAUUUAUUUAUCAUCGAUGUACGAAGGAACACAAGAUUUAAGUCUUCACACCAUUGUCAAAGAACUUUUAUUCGAAAAAUUUUCUCAAAUCAAUUAUCUUUAUAUCGAUGCAGUUCGAAUUAUCGACGAAGAACAUGUACAAGAGUCCAUUUCGAAGAAAUCUCUUUCAAUUUGGUUUUGA